GCCAAUCCACCAAUCAGCUUCCUCCUCUUAUACGCCAAUCCCACGCUGAUUCUGCAGUGACCCAUCGCCAUUCGCUGCAUUGUCCCCCGAAAGCGCCCGUCCACCCUCCUGAAUUUUAGGCUCCGAGAUACCCCGCGCCAUGGCUGGGCGAAUGCGCUACCAAGUUCGUCGUCUUGCUCUGCCGUCCUCGUCGACAAAACAUCAUUCAGGAUGUGAGGCCCGAACCUACACCUGCACCGCGACCACCACAUACACCGAUGCCGACUACGGGUACGGCUGGUAUCAGUUCGGCAGGAUGCCGCCACAGAUGGUGCAGCCGCAAUUCAUAACCCUGCGGACAGGGAGCGCAAAGUCGUCCGUCGUCUCCAGUGUCUCGACGUCCACAACUUCAAACACACGAGAAUCCAAGAUGAACCCACCGACAGCCGCCGCCGCCACCACCACGUCAAUCCGAGACACAAGCCGCUCCGGUCUCUUUUGGGAUUCCGCCGGCCUCGACAUCGAACCCCGCUGGGCCCGGCAACCCGACAUCGACGCCAUCGCCCAAGUCGUGCGCCGGCACCUCGGGAUAACGUCCCCCUCCCAAUGCGUCGUUACCUUUCACUCCUCCGGCACCUACAACAAGCUCUACCACAUCCACUCCCCAGUCCACGGCCGCUACCUCAUGCGCGUCAUUCUCCCCGUCGACCCGCACAACAAGGCCCGAGGCGAGGUUGCCACGCUCCAGCUCGUGCGGCGCAAGACCGACAUUCCCGUUCCCGUCGUGGUGGCGUACGACGAUACGAGUGAUAACGAGAUUGGGUUCGAGUGGAUAUUGAUGGAGUUGUUGGAAGGCAAGCCGGCACACUUGAGGUGGAGGAAGAUGAACAUGCGGCAGAAGGAGAGGUUGGUUGGAAGAAUGGCCGAGUUUCAAGCGCAGCUGUCGCGGUGCGGAAAUAUGACGGAAUCCGGGUUCAGGGGAAUAGGCACGCUGGGAGCUACUUCCAGGGGAGAGAGCGACUAUGUGGACCUGAUGAUGCCGGAACCGGGGCCCAUGGUCUCCCCGGUGUUCUUUACGGGCGAGCGUUGGCAUUAUCCGGUGUCGAGAGGGCCGUUCCAAUCAAGCCACGACUGGCUUCGGUCAUAUUUGAACGUCAUCUUAAAGGAGCACAGCGCUACUCUUGCUCAACCACUUCUGGGCGAUGAUACAGACCGCGAGAAAAGGGAGUCAGCAGAAGGAGUUACUCGUGUUGCCCGCAAGUUAACCCGCCUCUUGCACAAACUCUUCCCACAGCUUGUGCACCCACCAGAGCGUACGGUCCUUUGGCACGGCGACUCCCUAUCGCUCGAUAACAUCCUGGUCGACGACAACGGGCGGAUCACGGGUGUCGUGGACUGGGAGUGCGUGUCAACCAUGCCGCGGUGGGUAUCCACACAAUUCCCCGAGUUUUUGCGAGGCGGUGUUGAGCGCGAAGAGGAGCCGCACCGGAGCCGGUAUGCCGACGUGUUCAGUGACGAGCAGGCCUCGGAAGGACAGGAUGGCGACGGAGUAGAGGAUGUCCCGGACAACGAGGGAAAGACGGAGCUGUAUUGGAUACAUCUAAUGGAAUACGAGCAGACGCAGCUGAGGAGGGUGUACAGCGCCAGGAUGAGCCAGUUGAUGGGUCACGGGUGGGAUGGCGAAGUCGAAGAGGUAGCGCUCAAGGUUGACUUUUUGGGCGCGGUAGCCAAGUGCGCGCAGGGCUUCUAUCUCAAGAGAAUUGAACAAUGGGUGGAUGCGAUAGAAGGCAAGGAGUUUGUCAGGUUGGGCGAUGUGUUGAGAGGGGGUGUGGCGGGGAGAAAGGAUUCGAAUGCGUCGACAGCUUCGGGGGCAGGCGUCGGUACGGGGACAGCGUGGACUGACACCAGGACGACGCUGGGGAAGACAACAAUAAAGACAACAGCGACAUUGAGCCCGAAGCGCGGGUCGGAAAGUCAGCGGCCACGGUUUUCCAUCACCAAGAUCUAUUGACUUUUGAGAUACCAGACAUCAGUUAUUCGCUUGAAGCGUUCUUAUUAUAACAUCCUCCCAUUUUAGCGAGCGUUCAUAGCAUUCAUAUCAUUCCUCGUUUGCCGAUCUCUCCUCCUACGGGAUUGCCAAUUUGCAUCCAU